ACUCCGUAUAGAAUUACAAGUGUUUAUAAGGAUUAAUUUUAAGGAUCUAGCUUCUCAUUUGACAUUGAAUCUAAAAUUACAAUAAAGAUAUUUUUAUUUUUCUGAAUAGAGGAUAAAUUAAUUACUCUUUACAUACUCCCUCCUUCUCUAAAUUACAUUCCUACUUCUCUCUAUUAUGUAAGGAAUAGAUGCUAGAAGUAGGAAAGUAAUUUAGGGACGGAGAGAGUAAUAAAUGACGGUUAAAACCGGAGUUAUAUAUGAAGUAUAAUUUAAUCAUAUCUACAAGUCAAAAUAUUACAAGUAUUAUAAAACAAAGGAAGCAACCAAUUUAAAAAAAAAAAAACCGAAAAGGAAGGAAGUAACGAACGGUCCCCUAUCCAUGCAUGCAUUGAAGAUGAUACCCUUAAGACUAUGAUCCUCUUUCCCAUUUCUACAAAGAUUAUUUCAAAGUCAUACAAUUAUUCACAUGACCAUUAUAAUAACGUGCCCCACCCCUUACUCUCUCUAUUCACUAUAAAUACCUUCUAAACACUCCUUCAAUUUCACACACAAACACAAAUUUAUAAACCCUUGAAAUUCAUCACAUUCAUUCUAAACACCCUUACUUCCUACCAUAACCCUCAAUUCUCUUCAAAAUGAUUCCUAUUUCCUCUAAGAUAGCCAUCCUAGGGGCCGGGAUUAGCGGCAUAGCGGCCGCUAAACAACUAGCCAAGUACGAGCCUAUGGUCUUUGAGGCUAGUGACUCCAUAGGAGGUGUAUGGAAACAUGCAUCCUUCCGUACUACUAAACUUCAAACACCGCGAUGUGACUAUGAAUUUUCCGAUUUUCCUUGGCCGGAUAGGGAUAAUUCUUCUUUCCCUUCUUAUGUUGAGAUCAUUGACUAUUUGCACUCCUAUGCUAACCACUUUGAUGUCCUUAAGUUUGUUAAGUUUCGUUCUAAGGUGGUUGAGCUCCGUUACAUCGGGGAUGAAAAUCACCGCGAAGGGAAGGGGGAGUACGGGAGGUUGAUGACCGGCCACCCCGUGUGGGAGGUUGCCGUUCAAACUAACGAUGAUUUUGACUCCAUUGAGAGGUACACUUUUGAGUUAGUGGUGGUCUGUAUUGGAAAAUAUGGUGACAUACCCAAAAUUCCCACUUUUCCACCAAAAAAAGGGCCAGAAAUAUUCAAAGGAAAGGUGCUACAUACUCUUGAUUAUUGCAAAUUAAACAAGGAAGAAGCUUCUUCACUUGUUAAAGGAAAAAGUGUUGCAAUUGUUGGUUACAAGAAAUCUGGCAUAGACCUUGCUGUUGAAUGUGCUGAAGCUAACCAAGGACCAGAUGGGAAAGCAUGCACAAUGGUGAUAAGAACGUUGCAUUGGACAGUUCCUCAUUACUCAAUUUGGGGUUUACCAUUUUACUUGUUUUACUCAACAAGAUCUUCCCAAUACAUCCAUGAGAGGCCUGACCAAAACUCUCUUAGGGCUUUAAUGUGCCUCCUCCUAUCGCCUAUGAGACGAGUUGUGUCGAAAAUUAUAGAGAGUUACUUGCUAUGGAAGCUUCCAUAUGAGAAGCAUGGGCUAAAACCAGAGCAUCCCUUCCAUGAGGAUUAUGCAAGUUGUCAAAUGGCAAUUUUGCCUGAAAAGUUCUUCCCUGAGGCUGAUGAGGGAAGAAUCAAGUUUAAGAAGGCGUCGAAAUGGUGGUUUUAUGAAAAUGGACUCCAAUUCGACGAUGGUAGCAAGCUUGAGGCAGACAUAGUGAUUUGUGCAACUGGUUAUGAUGGGAAGAAGAAGCUAGAAUCCAUUCUACCUCAACCCUUCACUAGCUUCCUUGAUUAUAAUGGUGUUAUGCCAUUGUACAAGAGCACCAUAAACCCUAUGAUUCCAAACAUGGCUUUUAUAGGCUACGUUGAGACGGUUUCAAACCUACAAACAGCUGAGCUACGGUGCAAGUGGCUAGCAAGGCUCGUGGAUGACCGAUUCAAGCUCCCUAGUGUAGAGAAUAUGCUAGGGCAUAUCGAAAAGGAGGUGGAAGUUAUGAAAAGGACAACCAGGUUCUACAAAAGGCAAUGCAUUUCAACCUAUAUCAUUAAUCAUAAUGAUGAACUUUGUGAGGAGAUGGGAUGGAAUUCCUGGAGGAAGAAUAGCUGGUUGUCUGAAGCAUUCAGCCCUUACACCAGUCAGGAUUACGACGAAGACAACUAAUCAAAGCAAUUCAACAAGCAACUAAUUAUGUGCAAGUAAUAUUAUGGUCAUAUAUCAUCAUUUAAUUUCAUAACCACUAGGUGUAUUUAUGGAUUUAGCUAAUAAAGCUAGAUUUCUAGUGGUGAAAAUGCAAAAUAAAACAGAUACUAGUCUGAAAAUCUGUAGUAAGCUUUUAUAUUUCUGUAAUUUUGUAGGGCAUUGCAGUAAGCAUGUAACAAUCAGUAUAGUAGCAUGUAAUAACAUGAUAAGCAAUAUUAUAAUCUUCUGUGUUGCAUUUGAGUUACAGUUUGUGUU